GGCAGAAGCGAAGAAGAAGAAUAAUUCCGGAAGUCCUUUUGUUUACUUCCGUAGCGCUCGUUAGCAGCAGCCGGUCAUUCGGAGCGGAUUUAGUCCAGAAUAGUCCUCGUAUUCCUACCUCUCCCCCCGGAAGGCGACAUGUCUCGGUCCCAGAAGUUGCGUUUGUUCGUCACUCAGCGCCUGAACGCGGCGGUCGAGGAGAUUUUGGCGGCUUUUGAGGAAACCAUCGUGAAGUACGAAGAGGAAGCCGUUCUCCGCCAGCAGGUGAUCUCCCGCCAACACGCGCUGCUCUGCGCCCUGGACAAGUCCGUGAUGGAGGCACCGGCCGCAGGUGUUUUCUCACAGCAGCUGCUGGAUCCCAGAGACGACCUGCUCCUGACCCAUCUGGACCAGAACCUGCUUCUUGAGCCUUCCCGCCAUGUUGAGGUCAAACCUGAGGAGAAUCUCCCCGCUCUGGACGCGGCGGAGAUCAUCGAGUUCACCUACAGCUCCCGGCCGUCCGCCAGGCUACGCGACGGCGUCCUCCCCGUGGCUGACCUGGACCCGGACGUCCCGGUUGUGUUGUCAUCGGACACCGAAGACAGCGACGACUACAGCAAAGGCUCGCCCGACCCCGGAUCAGAUCCUCGGGAACAGCAGAGUCGCCAUGGCGCCGGGUUCAGUUGCCAGGGGUGCAGUCGCACCUUCAGUGCCCGCAGGUUUCUGUUCAGGCACGUCAGAGGCCACCUCAAGGACCCCACGCCUGUCUGCGGUCUGUGCGGGAAGCAGUUUGAGGUCCCUCAUGCACUCAAGCUUCACCUCCAAACCCACAGCAGGAAGAAGGUUCAGAAGAACCGAAGCAGAACCCUGAGCAGAGCCAGGCGGCCCCAGCAGCUCUCUGUCGUCAAAGAGCCGGAAGCCCAGAAAGAGGAGAACCCGAACCGGACCGACCUGAAGAAGAGGCCCCGGGGUUGGCCCCGGGGGCGGCCUCGGGGUCGGCCUCGGAACGACAACCAAGACCCAGACAGUCAGAAAGUCCUGAAAAAAAGGAAGAGGAAACUCUGAACCUUUAAUCCCGGCUUUAAAUUCACUUUAUUCCACACAUAUCGACUGCAGCUCGGUUUUAACUUCUGCAUUUUCUACUCCGUUCUUUGGUUUGUUUGGCUUUUUUACUUUUACAAAGUUAUUUGGUUCUGGAAAAAAAAUCCAAAUAAAUUCUGACUUUUUUCAAAAUUCUGACUUUAAUCUUGUGAGAUUAAAAUUGUCAUAUUUUAAUCAUUGGCUCUAAUCCUCUUCCAAACAGGAGUUUUGGCAAAAACUGUGACUUAUGGAAAAGCUUUUCCCAUAAACAGAAAAAGAAAAACCUAAAAGCUUCAGGACUUAAACAUCAAAAUGUUUCUGAUUUUAGACGAUAAACAAGAGAUGAGAUGGAAGGACGACGACGUGCAUUUCUGAACUUCUCCGUCCUGAAAUUAAUUUAAGAGGAGUUUCCAUUCAGAACCACAGAUCUCGUAUUGUACUGAAACACAGAAUUAUGUUUUUUUUAUCAGUUAUGAAUUAAAGUUUGAAUUAAUUGUUCGAUGCAGAAAUUCGGUUCCACAUUAAAAACUUUUGUACCAGUUGAAGUGGCUCCAAGAUUAUUGAAUUGAAACUUUCCUCAAACUGAGAAAUCCAGUU